AUGUUCUCGCAGAAUGGAUACCAAACUCAACAUGGAUUGAUGAAUGGUGCACAAAAUCAUCAGCGCCACCAGAACAUACACAUCCCGAAGUACCAACCUCCGUACCACACCCAUCACAAUGUCAACCAACAUCAUGCGCAACACCACCAUGGCGGACAAUUGGGCCAUCAGCACAAUAUUUCCUCCGGAGGGUACCAGACUUCAACCCCUCACCUUCAGACGUACGGACACGAUCACCUACAGAACGGCAACGGCAAUAGCCUUCCGCAUGAUGAUAUGGACGAACCAGACAACCCACAUUGGCGUGAACAAAAGGAGGCAUUUGAAGAGAGUAAAGAGCUCAAUCAGCCCAACUCCCGUGCGCGUUCCGUCGCCCACCAGUCCAAAGGUGUGAACUUCGUGCCUCUCGGCGCCGCUGCGGAAGAGAUGCACACCGACAAUACACGCAAUUCACAUACGUCAAGCGCUGUCGUUCCCAGCAAACAAACCUGGGACGAGCUCGAUCUGGGAGGUCAAGGUCUUUGCGCAAUUUCUCCCGUGCUCUUCAAUCCUGCCUACCACUUCCUCAAAAGACUCGACCUUGUAUAUAAUCAACUAGAGACCCUCCCACCACAGAUCGGACAAUUGAAGAACCUGGAAUACCUGGACGUUUCUUUUAACGCACUCACCGAACUUCCUGAAGAGAUUGGAAUGUUGACAAACUUGAGGAAGCUCCUACUUUUCAGCAACCAAAUUCACACCCUUUGUUAUGAGCUCGGGUUUUUGUUCAACCUGGAGGUGCUUGGAGUGUAUGGCAAUCCGCUUGAGCCUGGCCAACGCGAAAAGAUCAGCGAAGGUGGCACAAAGAAGCUCAUCGAGUACCUCCGGGAGAGCAUGCCAGAACCACCCCCUCCACGAGAAAGAGAAUGGCAUCAGCUCGAAGAGGCGCCCGAGCCCGGUACCGACACAAUAAAGGCCUUGAAUUACAACAUUUUGUGUGCUCGAUACGCAACUUCGUCACAAUACGGAUACGUGCCAGAGCGAGUUCUGACCUGGGCGUACCGUAAAACGCUGAUUCUCGAAGAGAUCCGGGAGAUCAACGCCGACAUAGUGUGUUUGCAAGAACUGGAUAGGACCAGCUACGACGAUUUCUUCCGCGCCGAGCUCUCGAGAUCAGGGUACAAGGGGUACUACGCUCAGAAGAGCCGUGCCGAGACAUUGGGUGAGAACGCCAAAUUCGUCGACGGCUGCGGUACCUUCUGGAAGGACAAGAAGUACAUGCAGCUGGACAGUCAACAUCUUGUCCUCGGGCGAAAGGCAGUCGAGCGAGCUGGCGCCAGCGUGUCCGCCGAUAUGCUCAACCGCGUUUGGCAACGAGACGACAUUGCAACAGUAGUGUUCUUGGAGAAUCGUGUCACGGGCUCUCGAGUCAUUGUCGCGAAUGCUCAUGUCUAUUGGGACCCUGCCUUCAAGGACGUGAAGCUUAUUCAAACCGCCGUUCUCAUGGAGGAAGUCGGUAAGCUUGCCGACAAGUAUGCGAAGAUGCCUCCAGCAACGAACAAGCAAGCUUUCCGAUUCUCCGAAGUUGAGGAUGAGCAGCUUCCCGAGCCUGGACCAUCACUGUCAUACAAUUCCGGCACGCAAAUCCCGAUGAUCAUCUGUGGUGACUUCAACUCAGGGGCCAACUCGGCCGUGUACGAGCUCUUUACGCAAAAGGGAAUGAGCGCCAGACACAACGACCUUGCGGGCAGAGACUACGGUAGUCUCACCGACAACGGGCUGCAACAUCAGUUCACCUUGAAGUCUUCAUACGCCGCCAUCGAGGACGAGAUGCCUUUUACGAAUUACACUCCUAGCUUCGUCGACGUCUUGGAUUACAUCUGGUACUCUAGCAACACUUUGAGAGUGAUUGGUCUUCUGGGCGCCAUCGACCCGGAGUAUCUGAAACGCGUCCCCGGAUUUCCAAACUUCCACUUCCCUAGUGAUCAUAUCGCGAUUGUGGCGGAAUUCAAAGUCGAAAAGCAACGGACGGCCCAGAAAGCGGUCGAGGCCGACUUCGGGCCCUCGUCGAGCAAACAGAAGUAG